AUGAUCGAUGCUCUUAAGUUGACUGCGCUCCCCACAAAGGAGGUCCCAAUGAGACAGGCUCGUUUCGAACCAUACGUUGAUAAUGGAGGAACGGUUUUGGCUGUUGCAGGUAAAGAUUAUUGUGUCGUUGCAGCUGACACUCGUAUGAGUGAUGGUGGUUAUGGCAUUCAGACGCGUAAAUACACAAAGGUCUUCCAGUUGACACAGAAAUGUGUACUUGCUACAUCUGGAAUGCAAGCCGAUACUAUUGCUUUGAGAAAGCGUUUGGAGACAAUGCUUAGCCGCUACCAGAAGGAGCACGGCAAGCCAAUGUCCACACCAGCGAUCGCCCAAUACCUCUCCAAUACAUUGUACUACAAGCGAUUCUUCCCAUACUACACCUUUAACCUGGUGUGUGGAGUCGACGACGAAGGUGUUGGCUGUGUCUGGACCUACGACGCCGUAGGCUCUCACGAGCGUGUCAAGUUCAGCUCCCAAGGUUCUGGUAACCAAUUGAUCCAGCCAUUGCUCGAUAACCAGGUUGGAAAGUACAAUCAAUUGAUCGUUGAUGGUCCAAGAGAGUUGACUGAGACACAAGCUGUUUCAUUGUCCAAGGAUGCCAUUACAUCUGCUGGAGAGAGAGAUAUAUACACUGGUGACUAUGCCGACAUUGUUGUGGUCAACAGCACAGGAGUCCACUGGGAGAAGUUCGAGCUCAAGCUUGAUUAA